GGCUCCUCCUCUUUCAGCCUUAUGUAGCUGCUCUGCUGCGAACCCUCACUCAUUCAGCUAUCUUGUGUGAUUGACAGAGCUCGCAUCCGUCACAGACGCAGAGCGAACAGCCAGGGGGCCUCCAGCCACUCCAAGAGAGGAUUUAUAUUACACAGAGACUGUCUCUGACAAGAGGAAGACCUUUGACCUGAAGAAACUCAGAGGAGAAAACCACAAUGGUGUCUGCUGGUUUCCAGAUUCUGGGUGCCGCUCUGGGGAUCCUGGGCUGGAUUGGCGCCAUCAUCGUGUGCGCCCUUCCCAUGUGGAAGGUCACCGCUUUCAUCGGCAGCAACAUCGUCACGGCGCAGACGUCCUGGGAGGGCAUCUGGAUGAGCUGCGUGGUCCAGAGCACCGGCCAGAUGCAGUGUAAGGUCUACGACUCCAUGCUGGCCCUCAGCUCGGACCUGCAGGCCGCCCGGGCCCUGAUGAUCAUCUCCAUCAUCGUGGGCGUCAUGGCCAUCCUGCUUGCCGUCGCCGGUGGGAAAUGCACCAACUGUGUGGAGGACGAAACGUCCAAAGCCAAGGUGGGCAUCGCAGCUGGGGUCAUGUUCAUCAUCGCCGGGAUCCUCUGCCUCGUUCCCGUCUGCUGGUCGGCCCACACCAUCAUCCGAGACUUCAACAACCCGCUUGUGGUCAGCGCCCAGAAGAGAGAGCUGGGAGCGGCGCUCUACAUCGGCUGGGGAGCCGGUGCCUUGAUGCUGAUCGGUGGGGCCAUGCUUUGCAGCAACUGCCCUUCCAAAGACGAGGAACCCUACACUGCCAGGUACAAAGCUGCCCGGUCCGAGGCGUCCGCUCCGAACUCUGACAAAGCUUUCGUCUGAUAGCGCUCCAGUAAACAAGACCCUCCAGGAAGCAGCAUUUGUGGGACAGAAACACUGUUGGCACUGUGUGUUGAAACUUCAGGAUCUGACUCGGUGAAAAAGCUUCUCCUCAUGAGAGUGUCGAUGGCACAAGAGGAACCACGCCCAAAGGAGAAAACCUGUUUUAAAUGCUUAAUCCAUGUUUUUAUGUCCUGAAUGAAUAUCACUUAACCUCUUCUUGUUACUACAUUAUUCUGUUGUUUUUGUUUUUUAUGCUCACCUGUGGUUAUGUGGAUUGUCUUUAUGAACUAUGUGUAUGAAUCUCAUCAUGUGCCAGUUUUACUGUAAAUAAAUAUUUUUUAUUAUUUGUGGAUCUGA